AUGUCUACAACUCGUUUAUCCGUAUUCUCAUUAUUACCGAAAACAUUACAAUCACUCGUUAUGCUUCAACAAAUGACUUGUACUUCAUUACAUGAGCAGUUCUUAUUUCGUAAUAAUCCUUAUCCAGAUGCAGUAUUAGGCUUUCGUUCAACAUCAUCGUUAUUACUAUCAUUAAGUUACCGUUAUAUAGUUUUGUUAAAUAAUGAUUCUAAUUUUAAAGAUGAUGAUGAGUAUGAACCGAAAAUAUAA